GGCCGAGGCCUCGCCCCUUCCGGCGGUGCCCGAUCAUGGCGCAGGGGCAGCGCAAGUUUCAGGCGCAGAAGCCGGCGAAGAGUAAAACUGCAGCGGCGGCCUCGGAGCGGAACCGCGGGCCGCGGAAAGGAGGUCGCGUUAUCGCCCCCAAGAAGGCGCGCAUCGUGCAGCAGCGGAAGCUCAAGAAGGACCUGGAGGUUGGGAUUCGGAAGAAGAUCGAACACGACGUGGUGAUGAAAGCGAGCUCCAGUCUGCCCAAGAGGCUGGCGCUGCUGCGGGCCCCAGCCAAGAAGAAGGGGGCCUCUGCCACCUCCAGGAAAUCCUCCUGAGGCCCCAGCCCCACUGCACCCCGCAGGCGGCAUGGUGGGCAGAGGAUCCUGUCCCCAGCUUCGGGUGGCACAGACUUGAGGGGGGUGCCAUAGCAUGCAGGUGGACCUCCUGGGGCACCAAGAAAGGGGUGUGCUCAGCUGCCUCUGUCCCGUGCCAGGGUCCCGUCUCCACUGCUGUACCCCAGAACAAUAAAUCUGGCUUGGCCUACCUCCUGUCA